GGCAGCGGGAGGCGCAAAAGGCCGAAGCCGCAGCGCGACGCUGGAUUACGUCGCGGCGUGCAAAGGAGGGAGGAGUUCCUCCCUUUCUGUCGCUCUCGGGCCGGAUCGCUUGCGAAAGAAACGAAAGCGAAAGCUUCCUUUAAAAGCGAACGGCCGUGGUCAUGGAGAGCUGCGUUGCUCCGUUGUUUGUCCAGGUUUUCCCUCCGAACAGCUUCGCAGAGAAACUGGAGGCGAAGCUGGAGAUUUAUUUCCAGUCCCAGAAGAAAUCGGGCGGCGGCGAAUGCAACGUGAGAGUGGAAGACCGCGACCUGGGCGUCUAUUCUGUGCGGUUCUGGUCGGAAGAAGUGAAGAAGCGUGUGAAGGCCCAUCGUGGACAUACUAUAGAAGUUGGGGGAAAAACUUUGGAGAUAAAAUUUUGUCCAGAUUUGGAGUUGGCUAUGGUUGCUGCUGCAGAAGCAGCGUUUACAAACAACGCAAUGGGCUCAGUUUCGACUUCACUUUCUUCAAACUUUUUGCCUCUUCAGAAUGAUUUUAAAAACAAGCACGCGGAAAUCUAUGCAGCUGGUUAUGAAAGUGGUAGAAAAAAGAUAUUUCUUGAGGUUUCUGCCACCUUGAAUACUGACUUGCUCACUAAAGAGCAGAGAAAUCAGGUGAUCAUUGAAUAUCCCACCAUAAAAAUAGAAAUUGCGUCAAGUCGUCUUGGUAUUGAAAAGGUGGUGGGACACUAUGAGGAUAUUGAAAAGUUACACUGUCAUUUUGAGAAGCUCCUUAGAGACCAUCGCGACAGUGAAUUUUUGCAACCUAAAAAGCAGGACAAUUGUGUUGAAGGAAAGGAAGAUCACAACAGAAGAUACAGGAGUGAUUUCGAAGAACUGGCCAAGAUGGAAGUUCCUUCAGGUAUCUUUGAAUAUUUUGGACAGGCCUACAAGAAAGAAAUUAAAAAAAAUGAGGAGACCUUCAAUGUAAAAUUAGUAACAGGCAAAACUGAUAAUGGAAUUACUUCUGUCUGGUUUUCUUCAAUGGGGGUACCAAACUUUACCAAGAAAGCUCAGGAGGAGUUUGUCCAGCUUUUCCAGAAAAUAGCAGGAGAUCUAAAACAGGAAACAGUUCCUUUCAUUGAGAGCCACACAUGUGAGAUGAUAAAAAGCAAAUGCAAACACAUUAUUAUUAAAAAAUGCAAGGACACAGCUGUUCUUCAAGGCCCCACAAAGGAAGUUUCAGAUGCAAAGGCAUUGUUAGAUGAAAUAACAGCAAAGAACUGGAAUAAAAAAAAUGAUCCCCACUUACAGCCAUCUGGUGUUGAAGUUGACGCUGCUGUAUUUGCAUUUCUCAAACCAAGGUUAAAUCCGAAAAUUGAAUUAAUAAACAACAGGUAUUGUACUAGAAUGGAGGAGCAACAUUGUCAAGAUGGUCACUUAACACGCAUCAUUUUUAUGCCCCAGACGUAUGCACCUUCAGAUCGAUCUUCAGAAGCUUCUGAGAUUUUUCAGUAUGAGUACCUGAUACAUUUAGAAAGUCCACAAAAAAAAGAAAUUCCUUUGAAAGAUUGGAAAAGAAAACUGAAGGAUUUAUUUACAUAUUUCCAAUAUCGACAUCCCAAAGUAGAACUCUCUCUAAAAGAAAACUACCUUUACAUUUACGGUCUUCCUGAAAACAUAUUGUUUGCUGAGAAGCACAUCAUGGAGUCUCUGAAUUGUGAAGAAUUUGUAGCUGUAAAUAGUGAAGCAAUGGCCCUGCCUGAUUACAGUGUUGGAGCUGCCACAGGUACCUCCUUUGGGUCACAAAGACGUCACAAAAUGCAGCAAGUUCCUUCUCGGGAGCAGCCAGUAGGGAAGGCAACGGAAGUCCAACCAGAAGAGCGCUGUUCUAUCUGCCUGAAUACAAUCCACCAGAAAGAAGUGCUGCCCAGAUGCAACUAUGCAUUUUGUACAAUAUGCGCAGAAAUGGCAAUGACUUACAGAAGGGUCUGCCCUGUGUGCGAGCCAGUCUCUGGGAAGCUAAAAGGAAAUUAUCCCACAGAGCAAACAGAGGUGGCCAUAAAGUCCCCGAAUAGUGAGAAAUUUGUAGCUGUAAAUAGUGAAUCAACAGUCAUUCCUGAUUCCAGUGUUGGGGCUGCCACGAGCACAUCCUUUGAGUCACAAAGAUAUCACAAAAUGCAGCCGGUCCCUUCUCAGGAGCCGCCAGUGAGGAAGGCAACGGAAGUCCAACCAGAGGAGUGUUGUCCCAUCUGCCUGAAUACAAUCCACCAGAAAGAAAUGCUGCCCAAAUGCAAGCACACAUUUUGUGCAGCCUGCAUAAGAACGGCAAUGGAUUACAAACCGGUCUGCCCUGUGUGCAACGUUUUCUAUGGAAAUAUAGAAGGAAAUCAGCCGCCGGGGAAAAUGGACAUCUACAAAACUAGAAGUUCCCUGCCUGGUUAUAACAGUGUUGGAACCAUCACUAUUAAUUAUAAUAUAUUUGACGGCAUUCAGACAGAAAGGCAUCCUCACCCAGGGAAACGUUUUCAUGGAACGUCCCGCAAAGCAUACUUACCUGACAACCAAGAAGGAAGAGAAAUUCUGAAAUUGCUGCAACGGGCCUUUGACCAAGGUUUGAUUUUCACAGUGGGCCAGUCGCGAACAACUGGUGCGGAUGACGUGGUUACUUGGAAUGACAUUCAUCACAAAACUAGUAUUCAUGGAGGCGAAAAAAAUUUUGGUUACCCUGAUCCUAAUUAUCUGAAACGUGUUAGAGAAGAGCUGAAGGCAAAAGGAAUUGAAUGAGUAUUUUUACUUCUGUGAGCAGUCCAGAACUUCUAUAUAUAUAUCAUUUUAAUUUAGUAGGGAAGGAUUAAUAAAAAAUAGCUUUGGCAGUAUUUACCUUCUAGGAUUUCAGAACAAUUGUUAAAUUAAUGGAGUUGUAUUCAGAAUUAUAGAUGCAAAUUGAAAGAAUUGUUAAAAGUUUUGAUUGAAAUUGCCAAUCCAAAAAUAUUACAUAAAAAAACAAACUCCAUUAAUGUCUUCAUUGCAGUUGUGUUAAUGUCAAGCCUAGAUAUGACUAUAUGCAUGGAUAAUUAGUCUUUAUGAUUACAUUUGAUAUUGUUUUGAAUUUCAGCUUGUAAUUUCCUUUUUUAAGUCUGGGUUGGUACCUUGCCAUGUUGUGAAUCUUCAAAAUUAAGAGAGCUGUUGUCUGUUCCUACUUUUUAGCAGACUGAAUUACAGUAGAGUACGUUUAAUAAGGUAAAAUGUUAAAACAGGAUGGUGGCUUAUAAAGUUUGGCAUUAUUUGUGCCCUGCCUCUCUCCCCCUCCCCCCCCCCUUAAGGAAGAGUACAGUCAGGGCAGGUGAAAAUCUUAAUGCCUUGCUUCCCUAGUUUGUCAAUUUAAAUUUGCCAACUGCAGCUGCAACCAAUUUUGGAUCUCUCUCACACACAUACACACCCUCCCCCCCACCCAGAAACCAUAUUUCAAAAUAGAGUGGACCUGAGAGAAAAUGAAUAUUUGAAUCAGAAACCAUUAAAAUCAGUUUCUGUAUUUUGCAAUACUGUAAAAUUACUACAGUAUUUUCUAAAACUAUUUACUCAACGGUCUCACACAUGAGCUCCUGUUCUUUUCAGAGGCAUUUCCUAAUGCAAUAUCCUCCCCCUCAUUUAAAGCUCUCUAUUUGGAAGAAAUUUUUUUUUUUUCCUUGUUAUGGUAGACAGGCUUUUCUUUCCGGAGAAUGACUCGAAAGCAUAAUCAUUGAUUUCCAGUUUCAGGCAAUGAUGUGGUAUAUGGCUCACUUGGUUUCAGCCAGUGUGUAUGUUCCAUGGCCUAUUGUGAAAUAUGACCAAGGAACAAUAAAAAUCUUAAUCCUG